AUGAGCUUUGGCGAUAUCUGGAAUGGGACCGAACCGCUCGCUAUCAGUCAUGCUGGCGGCGAGUUCACUGACCUUGCAAGAGAGGUGUUAGGAGACUUCUGGAAAAUAAACAAUCGUGUUCGACGCGUGGAUAACCGCACUCGUCGUGACCGCGUCCUCCGCAGGAACCAGGCAUUUACAGAGCAGAUGCCUGUGAUGACCGACGCUUACCUUGCCUGGAGUCUCGCAAAAUCCAAGGAGGAGUUCAAGAGUUUUUCUGAGAGAUUGGAAAGGAACUCGGCGCGGGACUGUGGUGAAUGGUCAAUCAGCGUGAUUGACGUCUUCUACGCUGAGAAAGCGACCCUUCAAAUCUUACCAACAGACGCCACCAUCAGCUCUGCACUGGUGCGUCAAGGUGUAAUGCCGUGCUCGCCUAUAUCACCAACUGUAGGCAUAACCACAGAAGCACUUGACUUAUAUCGUGUAGCGCAUCUCAGGAGUCCUCACUUGUCUAUCCAGGCUUUUGUGAAAACUGUGUGCGACUUGCAAGGGCCGAAUCGCUUCAACUGCAACUCACCCAACUGGCACCUUAAGCAUGCGUGUCCUGCAUGUAUGUAUGAACUCAAGGAUGAAGAGGAACUAACAUUCAGGCUGCUGUAUGCUAUGGACGGUAACGACUCCUUAAAGCGAGUCCUUCGGAGAUCUCUGGAUCAUGAUGCCAAUGACUGUGUCGCUCCCUCAUCUGAAGUUCCUAUGGGCCAACAAUUCACAAGUGAUCGUUACUUACCUCGCGCAUUUGUAGACCAGUAUUCUCGGGACUCGGCACAAACUGCUAUUGCGGGUGAUGAGGAGGAUACAGCCGCCGAAAAUGCUUGCGCCGGACGAUGGAAAAACAUGGACGACGCCAAGACGAAGAAGGCUUGGGGGAUAUAUGAUGAAACAGGUGUAUUCGUGGCUGUCUGCCGCCACGGGUUUUCUCUACUUAUUGCAGACAUGGUACAAAGCGGUGAGCUCGCGAAGUACCCGUUGGCUGUCGUGUCGAAGUUGAUGGACGUAUUUGGGAAAAAUCUGGGCGGUGGGUAUGAUAUUGGUUGUCAGUUCAAAACGACACUCGACCAGAGCUCCCUUGGACCACUCGCACGCUCACUUCAACACACCUGCCUGGUUGGCGCCUUCCACGGACAUGCCCACAGGCGCUUGUGCCAGUUGUUUUCGCUUACAACGUACAUCAAGGGUCUAGGCCUCGAGGAUCUCGAAACCUGUGAAAGGACAUUCUCAAAAUCAAAUUCUCUGGCAUCUGCGCUGCGCUAUGCAAGCGUGUUCCAUCGGCAACAAGCCAUCGACUCUUAUUUCAAGCACACUGACGACUUCGAGGUCUACGCUCAUCUUUCGAAUUUUUUGCAUGGGAACUACAAGCAAGCACUGGACAUCUUGAAUGAUGGCAAUGCAACUCUACCGAGGCUCAUGCAAGACCUAGGACUCACGGACGAGAGUAUUUUCGAGUGCUGGAUAGAAGAGGAAAAGGUCUACCUUCAAGGUCUAACGCGAGAGCCUGAAAAUGAAACCCUCCAGAUGGAGUACUGGCAAAGGCUGGUAAAUUUAACUGCAAGCGAGGAGGCUCUCAAAGCUGCAAUGGCAGCCUUCCAGGUGUAUUCUCACGAGGAUGUUACAUCGUAUGACGUCCAGAUGCAACAUACCCGCAAGGCCGAAACCGCACGGCGUCAUGCUGUCGAGGACCACGAGAGGAAUUUGAAGCUCAUUCAAGCGCUCGAGUGUGAGCUCGAGAUCGUGACGCGCUGGACUCCUGCAGAUGCAGAUUGGCAGAGGGUGGGGAGGCUCGUUGCUCAGAGGAAGUACCAGCGUGCACUGGAUCGACUCGAAGGUUUGGUCGUAGCACGUAUAUUUGAACUAUCAAAGAUGAACCGGGCAGGUACAGGCUACAAACUACGUAAACACAUCGCCAAAGCAUUACAGACACGCUCUGUCGCCAUCAAAACUGCCCUCAACACAUACAAUACCAUCGCAGAAGCAAUGCACCCUCCCCGCCAAACGCUGAAGUGGGAAGAGGUCGUGGAGUAUGCGUUUCUCGCCGACUUUGACCUCCUACGCGACACACGUGCGGACGUCUCUCAACGGCCUUGGUCAUCGGCUGCUGCUCGCAGUGUGAUGGACUUGUACUUCAAGAUGUGUCGGGCGCGGGAGGAAAUUCAGCGCUUGAAUGUGGAGGUACGGCGUCUAGUAACUUACAUCCGAGAUGAAGACAAGUAUUUGCGGACGUGCGAGGAUCAGUUGAAGGUGACCAGUCCAGCCAUUGCCCAUCAAAUUGCCAUACAUCGAAACGCUCGAGGACGAUUCAAUUCGCGCCACCUGAGGCGGCUCCAUGAGAUAUCGAAGCUUCCUGGUUUCAGCGGGACAAUAGUCCCAGGUGUAAGUACUAAUACAAGUCUUGGGGAAAGCUGCAGCACACCGAACGCGCAGGUCCCAUCGCGACUGCUUGCCGAACACAUACCUUUUAAUAGACCAUCUACAGUAGACCCAGAUACCCCAGAUGACCUUGAUGAUGAGGAGCAGGCAGAGGAGGUGGAAGAGGAAGCAUCGAAGAGCCUGCAAGACGUCCUCCGCGUCGCCGAUGAUUUCUUGCGUCUUGACCAUGAGGUUUAUGAGGAGUAG